AGCUGUCAGCCAAUCACAGUGCAACGAAGCUCCUCCAUAGCCACGCGACUACAUUCAUGUGUCAUCACAAAGUACUGGCCGAGGUGAACGAGUGUGUGGUCAUCUUUUUCCCGGAUUCACAUCUAAGAGGUGAAUGAUGCUGGUGAUGCAGUUGUUGAGGGGUGCAGCGAAGCAUGCUGGGAGCAGGCCACGGUGCAGCGUGGAGCAACUGAUCUCAGCAUUACGUGGCAUCAGCUCAACCUCACAACAGUUUUCUGAUUUUGGAGGAACUCGUCCUUCAUCGUGCACUGACACUGACCAGCCCAAAGUCCUCAUCACUGGAGGGCUUGGCCAGCUCGGGGUGGGGCUUGCCAAGUUGCUAAGGAGACGAUAUGGAAAAAACAAUGUGAUCCUGUCUGACAUUAGGAAACCCCCCAAACAUGUCUAUCAUAACGGUCCAUUCAUCUUCUCAGACAUCCUGGACUACAAGAACCUGGAGGAGAUUGUGGUCAACAACAACAUCAGCUGGCUGGUUCACUACUCAGCUGUGCUGUCCGCUGUGGGAGAGAGUAACGUGAAACUGGCCAAAGAGGUCAACAUCACGGGUCUCCAUAACAUACUAGACAUAGCAACCAAACAUGGUCUGCGUGUGUUUGUCCCCAGUACGAUCGGUGCCUUCGGUCCGUCCUCACCCAGGGACCCCACCCCCGAACUGUGUGUGCAGAGGCCACGCACCAUCUACGGUGUCUCCAAGGUCCACGCGGAGCUGAUGGGUGAGUACUACCACCACAGGUACGGGCUGGAUUUCCGCUGCCUCAGGUAUCCAGGCAUUAUCUCAGCUGACUCCCAGCCAGGAGGAGGAACCACGGACUACGCCGUCCUGAUCUUCCAUGCAGCUGUGAAGAGCGGCUGUUUUGAGUGCAACCUGCGCAGUGACACGCGGCUUCCUAUGAUGUAUAUUGAUGACUGUCUCAGGGCCACUCUGGAGAUCCUCGAAGCUCCGACAGAUAAACUGAUCAGUCGCACCUACAAUAUCAAUGCCAUGAGUUUUACACCACAUGACCUCGCCCAGGAGAUACAGAAGGUCCUACCCGACCUCAAGGUCACCUACAACGUUGAUCCUGUCCGACAGGCUAUAGCGGACGGCUGGCCAAUGGCAUUAGAGGACAGCGCAGCCAGGCGGGACUGGGGCUGGAAGCACAAGUACGACCUCCCUGAGCUGGUGCAGGCCAUGCUGACUCACAUCACCACGGGCAACCAGCUGGCACAGGCCCACUGAGCCAUUCGUAGCAACUCCAUGCAAAGCUUUAUAUGAAAGUGUGGGACUUUGAGGAAUUCAGGGUACUUUUAGUCUUCACUGUUACACUUCAAAAAGUUAGGUCUUUAACAGAAAUCAACACAUCUAAA